AUGGCUGAGAAGAACGAGUUUGGCGCAAUUCCACUGUUCCUGCAGGGUCGGGAUUUUAUUCUACAGCAGACGGUCGAUGAUCAUCCAGGGAAACGAGCGGCCAAAGUAGACGAUCUCGUGCAUGGCAAAGGACAUGAUGCCGGUGGCGAGGACGUCGUUCUGCAUGUAGGCGUACCAGGCCGCCCACAUCUGCUCGAAGACAUUGAGCUGGGGGUUGUAUGCGGCCGUCUGCUGGAACUGGGCCCAGGGGAUGAACCGGCAGAGAAGACUCUCUCGAUGGUCUUCGUUGUCAGUUUCUUCUCUUCUUCUCUUCUUCUUCUUCUUGUUGUUGAAGUUGAAGUUGAAGCUGAAAAAAGAUAA